GGAGCCAGUCAGUACACAUCAGAGCCAGAAAGACCCGUCAGACAGGUGUGAAGUCAGUGGAAAUCUGAUCAUAGACGUGUAUCCUGGGACCUUCCUGUCUGUCUGAAGAGCUACAGUGUACAAAGUCACCGAGCACAGAGCACACCUGGGUUGUACUGCAACUAUUGCCAGAAAAGAUCUAUCUUUGGGGAAACAUGGUUCCCAGGAAGGGACAGACACCUGGAGAAGGCUGUAACCAGUAACCCAGGCAUUCAAAGAUGGAGGACCAAAAGAUGCGACCUCCAGCUCGAACUCUACUGGAAUGUUCCAACGAUGACCAGCUCUGCAAGGUCCGAACUUAUGAGUAUGAGGUGAUUGUGGUUCCUGUCUUCCUAGUUGGGGUUACUAUUAUUCUGCUUGCCAUUAUUCUUUGGCUUCGGUAUCGAGGAUGGAAAUCCAGGAGGAAACAGCCCCAAGGCCAUCUGGCGCAGGAGAGCCACAGGGUUGUGAGCUCAGGGAUCUCUUUGGAAGAACCGUCAUUGGAGAAUGUGCUGAGAACAAAAGACCCCUCACUCUUGGCUUUGGAGAUACCAUCGGAGAGAAUCAGGCAACCCUCCUUGCAACAGAUUGGGGAAGGGAGGUUUGGUCCCCUUUACAAGACAGGGCUGAGGGAGCAAGAUGCUGUACCAGGAAAAGAAGUUGUCAUCAAACAACUGAAAGACAGUGCCGAGCCAAGUGAAGUCCGAGAUUUCCUGCAGAGGGCAGCAUUUCAAGCCUGGCUGGGCACACAUCCCCAUUUGGUGGAUAUUAUUGGGUGUUGCUCUGAACAGAAGCCUUUCUGUAUGGUGCUGGAGUGUGUGGAGCCCGGGUCACUUUUGCAGUUUCUCUGGGACUGUCGGAGGGAUGUUGUGUCACUGCAUGGAAUCCUCUAUGACAUUACAGAGUGCCAAGUUUACAUUAUCGCUCUACAGAUCCUGUCAGCACUGGAAUUUCUACAAGAGCGUAACCUUGUGCAUGGAGAUGUAGCAGCCCGAAAUGUUGUUAUUCAGCAUAAUUUUACCACUAAACUGACUGGACUAGGAGGAGCCUGUGAAAUGCACUCCAGAGGAUCUUUUCCCAUCCGGCGACCUACCCCUCUAAAAUGGAUGGCUCCAGAGCGCCUCCUUCAUUUGUCUGCUUCCAGCAAAUCUGAUGUAUGGUCCUUUGGAAUUCUACUUUAUGAAUUGGUAACUUUAGGUGCUCCUCCAUUCCCAGAGGUUCCUCCUUCCAGCAUCUUGCAGCAUUUGCAGCGUGGUAACAUCAUGAAGAGGCCCUCCAGCUGUAAACAGAAUUUAUACAACAUUAUGAAGUCUUGUUGGGCAUGGAAGGUAUCUGACAGAAUUUCCCUUUCUGAACUACGUAAACGCCUAGAAAAUGGGAAGAAAACAUCGAAUGAUAGGACGGUGCUGCAGGUCCCUGAGCUGGUGAUUCACGAGCUGUAUGAGGGCGUAGCUGGGACUGAACCUGUCAAAAUGGAGACUGAUUACACUGUUCUUUAACAGCAAUGCCAAUCAGAGAUUGACCUGGCUGGUUACAAAAUGACUUGAAAUUAUUUAUUUUCGUGAAUCAUCAUUUUUUUUUCUUUUUUCUUUUUAAUAUAUGAAGGGAUAUUUUUAUGUACUAUGAAAUAAGAAAGACAAAUAUAAAAAGGACUCUGAUCUAAUCAUGGGAAUGUUACAUUAACAUUUCUAAUCUUUUUUUCCAACGGUCCCUGGGCAGUGAAGAAAAGACCAUACUCCCUUCUGAAAAAUCUCUG